AUGCCUUCAAUCGAGGAAUAUCUCUUAAAGGAACCCCGGCUCAAUGUCCACAGCGUCAACUCCUCCAAAGAUGACCUCCCUCGGCCAUACGGGAGUCAGUUCCAGAGCCAGCCUGUGUCGCCGCCUCCGCCCCCGAAUGCCCUCCCUCCUAAACCUCUGAGACCUCUUCGCAAAUACUGCACCGUCCGAAAUGGCCUCAUCACUUUUGGUGUCUUUCUGGUCUAUGCGGCGUGCAUCAUUGGCUCCGUCCUCCCCGGUCUGAUCGCCGGGUUCCCCUUCUACACCCUCCUCGAUAUCUUCGGGAAUCGUCGACUGGCGGUGCGACUCUUUCCCUGCGACCCUUCUCUCUAUUCCGGGCGGUUCGCCAUCAACUUGGCUUGGGGUUCGUUCACGUACACGUCGGUCAAGAUCCUGGAUGCAGGUCUCAACUUGAUCCUGGGCAGGGGCUCGCAGGUUUUCUUGUCCUGGCUCUCGUACCAUCUCUUCAGCAUGGCCAUCCUCCGGAUUCUCCAGAAGGAGCGGGUGCCGUUGCAGUUGUACACGGCCAUGGCGUUCGAUACGACGUCCAUCAAGGGGGCGUGGUACCAACUCCGAGCUGUCACAAAGGUGGACACGGUCCGUGCCCGGGUCACCCUCAUCUGGCUUGCCGUGUCGGUGGCGUACCUGAUUGCGUUGCCCACCCUCCUCGAUCUGACCACCGGGUACAUGGUCGAGUACAAGACCAUGGUCAACAUCACCACUGCAGGAGACUCAACAUACAAACUGAUUGAGCUCGACUACGACCAACUCGACAGGAUUUCACUGGACGCGCACUGUGCGAGUAGUGGAGGGUGUCGCGUGGACUACCCAGGCCAGUUCACCGACGUGUUGAUCGCGGGGCAAAACAUGUCGUUCAAGGCCUUCGUCGACGACAAUUACAACUGGGUCAUGCAGACCGACGAGACCCCCAGGGGCAUCCUGCAGUGCGUCCCCAGCACCACGUACCAAUGGGGCCUGUCCAGCGGCUACCUGUGGAUUGUCUGCGCCUUGACCAACUUCUGGAUCGCCGGCAUGUUCGCCGUGUGGAUCGACAGCUUCCGCAACGGCAUCCUCUGGCGCAGCGGCCGCGGGUUCGGGCGGUACCGCAACAUCAUCGACAUCGCCGAGCACCUCCAGGCGCGCUUUGGCCACGACCUGUGCGGGUACACGCACGAGGAGCUGGAGAAGAAGGUCGACGCCCUCGACCCCGUGGGCAUCGAGGUCCUGGCCGAGGGCGAGUGGGCGCACAUCCGCCUGAGCCAGAACCCCGGCGGGCAGCAUCUGCUGUGCACGCCCGGUCUGCAGUACGGGGGGAUUGGGAGACUGAACAACCGAAGAGUCUCGGCCACGUGGCCGUUGCCCAGUCGAGGACUGUAA